AUGAGCAUCUCCAGCGACGAAGUGAACUUCCUCGUGUACCGGUACCUGCAAGAGUCCGGGUUCACGCACGCGGCGUACACGUUCGGGUACGAGUCCUACGUCGCGAAGACGACCAUCGCGAGCGGGACGGAGCUCCCGCCCGGCGCGCUCGUGUCGUUCAUACAGAAAGGAUUGCAGUACCUCGAGCUCGAGGCGAACCUGAACGAGGAUGGCACGGACGUGGACAGCAACUUCAGCAUGCUGACGUCGCGCGACCUGCUCUCGAAGCCGGUCGAGGAGCUCAAGAACAUCGUGAAAGAGAAGCGAACGAUGUCCGAGGCGGACCGCGAGAAGGAGCGA